ACCCUCGCGAGAGUUGGGACCCUCCGCCGGGAACAUCACAUCCGGUUGCUCCGCCGCUGGGGAGCGGCAGCGGCCAGCGCGGCGCGGCCCGGACCGGGCAACAUGUCCGCGCCGGCGGCGGGCGGCGGCAGGAGCGGCGCCGCCGACUGGGGCGGCUUCGAGGACAACAUGCAGGGUGGCGGCUCCGCCGUCAUUGACAUGGAGAACAUGGACGACACGUCGGGCUCCAGCUUCGAGGACAUGGGGGAGAUGCACCAGCGCAUGAAGGAGGAGGAGGAAGACGAGGCGGAGGGCGAGACGGGGACCGCCGAGGAGGAGGACGGGGAGUUCCUGGGCAUGAAGGGGCUGCGGGGGCAGCUGGGCCGGCAGGUGGCUGACCAGAUGUGGCAGGUGGGGAAGAGACAAGCUUCCCGGGCCUUCAGCCUCUAUGCCAACAUCGACAUCCUCCGGCCCUACUUCGACGUGGAGCCUGUCCAAGUUCGUGCUAGACUGCUGGAGUCCAUGAUUCCUGUGAAGAUGAUUAAUUUUCCACAGAAGAUUGCAGGCGAGCUUUAUGGACCCCUCAUGCUGGUUUUUACGCUGGUGGCCAUCCUUUUGCAUGGGAUGAAGACCUCAGACACCAUCAUUAGGGAAGGCACACUGAUGGGCACGGCAAUUGGCACCUGCUUUGGUUACUGGCUGGGUGUCUCCUCUUUCAUCUAUUUCCUGGCAUAUCUGUGCAAUGCCCAAAUCACGAUGGUGCAGAUGCUGUCGCUGUUGGGCUAUGGCCUUUUUGGACACUGCAUCACUCUCUUUGUCACCUAUAAUAUCCACUUCCACUCCCUGUUCUACAUCUUCUGGUUGGGUGUUGGUGGACUCUCUACACUACGAAUGGUUGCUGUGCUGGUGUCACGCACCGUGGGGCACACCCAGCGGCUCAUCCUGUGUGGGACCCUCGCUGCUCUGCAUAUGCUUUUCCUCCUCUAUCUGCACUUUGCUUAUCACAAGGUGGUAGAAGGUAUCCUGGACACAUUGGAAGGACCCAACAUGCCGCCCUUUCAAAGAGUUGCCAGAGACAUUCCAGUUGUUUCCAAUGCUGUACUGAACACAACGGCCAAAGCUGUUGCAUUGACCCUGUAGUUUCACAGACUUGGACUUGCUUCCUUCACUACUUUGGGGGCUGCAUAGGGCCAUGAUAACCUGCUGCCUCUUAGGAACUGGACAGCACAGCAGGAAGAAGACUUAGUUUUGUUUUUCUGGACCUGUCCUUUGGGUUGCAGUUUUGGGCAGCUGAGUGGACUGUACCUCACUCAGAAGAACCAUGCUUAUCUCCCAUCCAGGUCAGGGCUGUCAGGAGUAGAGUGGUUCUGUUGCCUGCAUGUUUAGCUGGGAUUUCCCAGCACAGUUGUCCCUUACCCCUAUUUCCGCUUGCUGAUGUAACCCCAGGGCUAUCUGCCCUGUUCCUGUCCUGAAGAGGGAAGAAGUAAAUUGAUGUUGGUGCUGA